UUUAGCCGGAGUCACACAGUUAACCAGAAAAACUGCCUUGUCCUGCAUUCGCCUGUAGUUUUACUCUUUUAUAUGAUAAGUCCAUAUGUGUUUUUGACCAAAUUAAUUGUAUAACCCCCCUCCCGUGCCUUUGAUAAGAUGUUGAGUAACUUUGGGCAGUGAAGGGCCGUGUUCAUCCUCGGUCAUGGACCCUCUGAACCAGGUCGAUGUCAUGCACCUUCAGGAGUCUCGUUCCUCAGCUCUGGAUCUGUCUGUGGGCUGCAGGCAAGGCUCACUAAACUCCAUGGAGGCUUUGGAUUUGGUCAAGAAGCCCAGCUGGUGUGGCAUUUCCUCAGGGAGCAAAAGCGCUAACAUGUCCGAGUCUCGGCCCGGUCGGUACAUCACUCGGCCCAGCAAACAGACUCCACCUGAUCACCCAGAACCAGGAUCAAAGCACCAUGGGAUUUGCGGGACAUCAUCCCAUGGCUCCUACUCUAUGCCUUUACCCCUGAUCAAUGGAUUGCCAUCCGUGGCUCACAUACUGUCUCAGUGCCCACCGACACACCAAGAGUUUGAGGAUGACACAGAUUACGACGUUGAAAUGGACGAAGUGUUGACGCAGGCGAAAAGAUUUCGCAAGAAAGUAUUAGAAAACCGCACACUAGGAAGUAGGAUAGCACACAAUGCAUUCGAGACACAUUCAUACUUUAGUGACGCACUGUCACAGACUAAGGGCUCAUCACGUUUACCUCAGGAUGCCAACGCCGCCGCACACACACUACGUUCCACCAGCUCAGCGGUUGAGUCGACUGCCAUUGAAACCCUCGCAUCCGAAUGUACCGCCGCUAAUGAAACGUCUCCCUGCUCCGCUGAAUACAUCUCCAGUGACGAUGACAGUGACGUCAUUGAGGUGCCGGUAAGCAACUCCAGAUGCAAGACCCCUUUGAACUGGCGCUCCCGAACUGAAAGUGUUAUCGUUAACGACAUGAGCAGUGGAAGACGAAACACUUUCUCCACGAAGCAGGAAGUAGACUAUGAUCAUCAAACAGACAAUCCCAGAAAUGUGAACAACGUCUACGCAAUUGAUCAACCGAUCUUUGAAGGACGUGACGGUAGGACUGGCUCCGGAUCCAAAUCGCUGCUGUCGUGGAUGGAGUCGGUCUUGAUACCCAUAUCCCCGCAGGACAGCGAUCAAGAAGACAUGGAUGCUGCUUAUUCCCAAAACUUCCCGUCUACCUCAGAUGGUGAAAACAUGAGCGUCUUAGCGUCUCCGCAGAUUGGGGCGUCUUCAACACCAAGCCAUUCCCGGAAGACUACGGCCUCGAAAAGUAGGAAGAGGACAAAAACGAGGCCCAAGCCCAGGUCCCAAUCCAGUUCCCAACCCAGGUCCCAACCCAGGUCCCAAUCCAGGUCCCAACCCAGGUCCCAAUCCAGGUCCCAAUCCAGGUCCCAAUCCAGUCCCAACCCAGUUCCCAACCCAGUUCCCAAUCCAGACCCCAACCCAUAUCCCAACCCAUAUCCCAACCCAAAUCCCAACCCAAAUCCCAACCAAAUCCCAACCCAAAUCCCAACCCAAAUACCAACCCAAAUCCCAACCCAGAUCCCAACCCAGAUCCCAACCCAGAUCCCAACCCAGUUCCCAACCCAGACCCCUACCCAGACCCAAAACGACCAAGCAGGCGAAGCCAUCACCAGGCAGUAG